GGAGCGCAGCGCCGCGGAGCCGCCGCUGCCGGGGCAGCCCAGCGGGUCCGCCGGGAGCACCCGCGCGGCCCCCGCUCCGGGUGACGGGAGCGGAGCGGGGCACGGCGGGCAGCGGUGCCGCCGCCGCCACCGCCACCAUGUCCGGGCGCGGCCACAACAAGCUGCCGACCACCGAGCGCAUCGUCAAGGCCGUGCCGUUCCCUCCCACGCAGCGGCUCACGCUCAAGGAGGUGUUUGAGGAUGGCAAACCCAGGCUCGACGUCCUCAAGAGCCACCUGGUGAAGGAGGGGAGGCUGGAGGAGGACGCGGCGCUGAAAAUCAUCAACGACGGCGCCGCCAUCCUGAGGCACGAGAAAACCAUGAUCGAGGUGGAGGCUCCCAUCACAGUGUGUGGUGACAUCCAUGGGCAGUUCUUUGACCUGAUGAAGCUCUUUGAGGUGGGAGGAUCACCCAACAACACCCGCUACCUCUUCCUGGGGGACUACGUGGACAGAGGCUACUUCAGUAUAGAGUGCGUGCUGUAUUUAUGGAGUUUAAAGAUAAAUCAUCCCAAAACGUUGUUCCUCCUUCGAGGGAACCACGAGUGCAGGCACCUCACAGAGUACUUCACCUUCAAGCAGGAAUGUCGAAUCAAGUACUCGGAGCGAGUGUACGACGCGUGCAUGGACACCUUCGACUGUCUUCCUCUUGCUGCCCUCCUCAACCAGCAAUUCCUGUGUGUCCACGGGGGCCUGUCUCCAGAAAUCACGUGUCUAGAUGACAUUAGGAAAUUAGACAGGUUCAAGGAGCCUCCAGCCUUUGGUCCGAUGUGUGACCUGCUGUGGUCGGAUCCCUCGGAGGAUUACGGCAACGAGAAAACCCUGGAGCACUUUGCCCACAACACUGUCCGAGGCUGCUCCUAUUUCUACAGUUAUCCUGCAGUGUGUGAAUUUUUGCAGAACAAUAGUUUGUUAUCCGUAAUCCGAGCUCACGAAGCCCAGGACGCUGGGUACCGAAUGUACAGGAAGAGCCAGACCACGGGCUUUCCCUCGUUAAUCACAAUCUUCUCUGCACCAAAUUACUUAGAUGUCUAUAACAACAAGGCUGCUGUACUGAAAUAUGAAAACAACGUCAUGAACAUCAGGCAGUUCAACUGUUCCCCUCACCCCUACUGGCUUCCAAACUUCAUGGAUGUCUUCACAUGGUCCUUGCCUUUCGUAGGGGAAAAGGUCACCGAGAUGCUCGUGAACAUCCUCAACAUCUGCUCCGACGACGAGCUGAUCUCGGAUGGCGACGAGACCUUGGAAGAUCACUACAUUUCAAGCUAUCCGAAAGGUGGGACAACGGUGCGCAAGGAGAUCAUCAGGAAUAAGAUCAGAGCCAUUGGGAAGAUGGCACGGGUCUUCUCAGUCCUUCGGGAGGAGAGUGAGAGCGUGCUGACCCUCAAAGGCCUGACCCCCACAGGUACCCUGCCCCUGGGAGUGCUCUCGGGGGGGAGGCAGACCCUGCAGACCGCCACAGUAGAAGCGGUAGAGGCACGGGAAGGUAUGGCUAGAACCCGGCGAGAGACUCAAAUCAUCUCCGUGUCCAUCCGCGGCUUCUCCCCGCAGCACAAGAUCCGCAGCUUCGAGGAGGCGCGGGGGCUGGACCGCAUCAACGAGCGCAUGCCGCCGCGCAAGGAUUCGCUGCACGCGGACGGCCCCGUGAACUUGGUAACCUCGAACUCUGCGGACAAGAACGGCACGGGCAAGAAACCCCAGUAACGCCAGAGGAUCCAAAACUUCAUGAAUUUUAUUUAUUUAUUAGCGGGGUGGGGUGGGGGCAGGGGGAGAAACCGACUUCACCCGGAGGCACGUCCAUAAAUCCAGUCCGCAUCCGUUCUGUAAGAAAGCGACCAUUUUGUAAUUUUUUUUUUUUUUUAAUUUAUGUUCAAUAUAUAUAAAAAUGUCCUUUUUUUUUUUUUUUGAGUUAGAAACCAAUCCAACUGCUAGAGCAUCCCGGGAGUGUUGUGCUGUCCAGCUGCCCUCCCCGAGAGGCCAAACCUCUGCUGGGGGGUGUUGGAUUAAAAAACAAAAAUCAGUCAAACCAGGCAACUUGGGUCGUUGGCUUUGGCACAAUUUGGACUUAGCCUGAGCUUUCCAAAGCAGGUCCUUCCCUUCAGGAUACGGUUGGGUUGGUUUUCCUUUACACACCUGUUUUCUUCCCUGAUUUUUCCCUGUUGUUUUCUUCCACUUCUUCCCUACCUGCAGCUGCUGCUUUAGCAACCAAUUCCCUGGGAGGCAGAUUGCUGGGAUCCAUCCCUCUUUUCCAAGGUGACAGCCAGGGGUAGCUCCAGUGUUAUUAACACCAAUCACAGCCCCUUUUCCUUCAGGAUUUCAGCUUUAUCCCAAAGGAAAACCGGGAGAAGGUGGGGGAAGUGCUGCCCCUUGUUGUGGCUCUUGGUUUGUGCAGCAGAAUUCCCUUGGGAAUCCCUCUGAUUCAGAGCAGAGGAAUUAUCUCUGCUGUCUGAUGAUCCCUGGGAAAGCUGCAGGGCAGAGUUUUAAAGGAAAAGGGGGUGAUUUACACCCUGCAGGCUGCAGCUCCCCCAUUCCCAGCUCUGCCAUCAGCCCUUGCUGAGCAGUUUGGGGUGUUGGGGACAGGGUGGUCCCUCAGUGUCACCCCCCUGUCCCCCCAGGGUGUGUGGCUUUGGGCAUCACCCACCCCUGGCUGCUCCAGAGGAGCCAUGGGCAGCUCUGCCUUUCCCAGCAGCUGGAGCAGGGGAUGGCUGAUAAAGGUUUGGGAUAAGAUUUGGGCACUGCUGGUUCUGGGAGAUGUGGGUGAGUGCUGGUGACAGGACAGCCCCUGGAUUGGGGAGCAGGGAGGGCUUGGGAGGCAGAACCGAGUGGAUGUGGCGGAAUUUUGGCAGGGAGUUCUGGACAGGGAUCCUGGGGGUUCCCAGGGGACACCCCUGGGUGUGGUCAGGGAUUUUGGAGUGGGAGCUGAGCAUUCUGUCACUCUGAGCAUUCUUCACUUAGACUGGGAGUGCUGGGGAAGGCUUUUGUGGGAUUCCCAUUGGUCACUUCCCACAUGAGUUGUGCAGGGUUUUGUGGGAUUCUUGCUGGUGACUUCCCACAUGAGCUGUGAAAGAUUUUGUAGGGUUCCCCUGUGUUUUAUGGGAUUCCCAUUGCUCAGUUCCCAUGUGUUCUAUGGGAUUCCCAUUUGUCAAUUCCCAUUUGUUUUAUGGGAUUCCCAUUGCUCAGUUCCCAUGUGUAUUAUGGGAUUCCCAUUGAUCAGUUCCCAUGUGUAUUAUGGGAUUCCCAUUGCUCAGUUCCAAGGGUUUUAUGGGAUUCCCAUUGCUCAGUUCCCGUGUGUUUUAUGGGAUUCCCAUUGCACAGUUCCCAUGGUGUUUUAUGGGAUUCCCAUUGCUCAGUUCCCAUGUGUUUUAUGGGAUUCCCAUUGCUCAGUUCCCAUGUGUAUUAUGGGACUCCCAUUGAUCAGUUCCCAUCUGUUUUAUGGGAUUCCCAUUGCUCAGUUCCCAUGUGUUUUAUGGGAUUCCCAUUGGUCAGUUCCCAUUUGUUUUAUGGGAUUCCCAUUGCUCAGUUCCCAUUUGUUUUAUGGGAUUCCCAUUGCUCAGUUCCCAUGUGUAUUAUGGGAUUCCCAUUUGUCAAUUCCCAUUUGUUUUAUGGGAUUCCCAUUGCUCAGUUCCCAUGUGUAUUAUGGGACUCCCAUUGCUCAGUUCCCAUCUGUUUUAUGGGGUUCCCAUGUGUAUUAUGGGAUUCCCAUUGCUCAGUUCCCUGUGAGCUGUGAAGGUUUUUAUGGGAUUCCCAUUGGUCAGUUCCCGUGUGUUUUAUGGGAUUCCCAUUGGUCAGUUCCCAUGUGUUUUAUGGGAUUCCCAUUGCUCAGUUCCCAAGGGUUUUAUGGGAUUCCCAUUGCUCAGUUCCCGUGUGUUUUAUGGGAUUCCCAUUGCUCAGUUCCCAUGUGUUUUAUGGGAUUCCCAUGUGUUUUGUGGGAUUCCCAUUGGUCCCUUCCCUUCCCAGCCGUGCCCAUUGCCUGCAGCUGAGGCAGCAGCUCCUGGAGCCCCCCCCUCCAGCUUUCCCUGUCCCCCUUGUCCCGAGCUCUCUGCAGGCAGGGCUGAGCCUCUCCAGGGGAUCUUUGCCAAGGCUUUCCCUGCUUGUUGCCGUCUUCCCUCCGCGGUUCCAGCGCCAGAGGAAAAACAGCAACUUCCCAGGAAGCUUUCAAAUUGUCUUAGGAUCAGAUGUCACCUAAUCCCACGGGGCUCUUUAGGAUUCUGUGAGCAGACCGCUGGGUUUCCACACUUUUCAGUCACAUGCCUCCACUUUCCCCUCUUUUUUUUUUUAUUCUUUUUCUUUUUUUCUUUUUUUUUUUUUUUUCCCUUUGAUCCCUUUUUAUUUUCCACGCCCACCGCUUUGCGAGAUGUUUGGAGCGAGCUUCUCUCCCCCCAGUCCGAGGAGUGGGGCCAAAUUGCCUUUUGUCUGUGAGUAUUUCUUUGUCCUUUCAGGGCCUCCUGUGAGCGGUGAGCCCGUGUGUGGUACCCAGGGCUGCCCGUGCAUGUUCGGGCGUGUUGUGCUGACCCAGGCUGGGAUCUCACCCAAGCCAGCCAGGUUUUAGUCGGGAUAUUUGGGAUGGGAAUUGCGGGACCCCGAGCCUGGCACCCCCCCUGUUCCCAGCGUGGGGGGGUCAGCAGGGCCCUGCCCAUCACACAGGGGGAUUUGCUUUGCUGGCAGUUUGUCCCCCCACCCUCUUCUCCUGCUCUGGCAUCACCAAUUCCCCCUCCUCAAAAUCUUUUUGGUCUUUGUGCUUCAUGGUUUGGGGGCUCAGAUCCCACCCCCUAAUGAUUCUUGGAGCUGGUGGAACUGCAGCUUCCCAGUGUCCCAGCUCUGGAAAAGGGCUGGAUGUUCAUUGUCCUGGUCCUGGAGAACGUGGCCAAGGGGUGGAAUUUUUAUCCCCCCUUAUCCCUGGAGCUGCACUGUGCCACCCUGGAGACGGUGGCCAAGGGCUGGGUGUCGUCCCUGUGUCCCUGUGGCACCCACACGUGUGGCUGUCACACUGCCAGCUCCCCUGUUCCCUUUGAAGCACUUCCCGAGGGGGUGAGGAGCAGCGAUGGGGCUCUGGGUGCUAAUUACCCCCUCAAUUAAUUAACGCCCCCUCUCCAUGCCGGGCUUCCCCUGCCACCGCCCCCAGCCGAGAUCCCCCCUCCCCUCUUUUGGGGACAACUUGGGAGCAGAAUUCCCUGCCCCGAUCCCCACCACAGCAAACCAAAAAAAAAAGAAAAAAAAACCAAUCCAGAAACGCCCCCAAACUCCCCCUCUUUUCCUCCUUUUCCCCCCAAAUCCAGCGCCUCGGGGCUGGGCUUGUCUCUGACCCCUCCUCUCCGAGCUCCCGCCCGUCCCUUCCCCUCCCCGGCUGCCACCUGGAGCUUGGACAUCCGGGAUUGAGGGGACCCCCGAGCCGAGGGAGCCCCCAAAUCCAGGGAAAGCCCCCACCUCCCCGCAGCCUGGGUUUUUUUGCAUGUUCUAGCAAGGUGCAUGUCCAAGGAGGGGAGUCGGCAAUGGGGCGGGUGGUGGGUUGAGUUCAAGCUUAAUUUUCUUUUUUGGGAUUGGGAGAACCCCUCUGGCUGCCUCUGGCACAGAUCCCACCUGGCCAGGGGAGCUGGCAGGGAUGCAGAUCCCACCAAACCUCGGCCAGGGAGGACCUGAAGCCCUCCAGGGGUGCAGUGAUGGUGAUUUUAGGGUUCUCGAUGCUGAAGGAUCAUACGCCCGUUGCCUGGAGACUGCCUCCUUUUUAAUUUUUAUUUUUAUUUCUUGCUUUUUUUUUGUUUUGUUUUGUUUUUUUUUUUUAGUUCUGUUGAAAGGAGAAAAAAAAUGGUGAAAAUGUUAUUUAUUGGCAGAAAUUAUUUAAUAUAAUUUCUUUUUUUUUUUUUUUGUGAAACAAGGAAUGAAUUUGUUAGAACUGUCUCGAUGUAAAUCGGAGUCAUCUUUAAGGAGGAAAAAAAAAAGAAAAAAAAAGUUAAAAAUUGACACAGUCA